GUGACGCCCCAAGGUCUCGCGAGAGUUGGAAGGGGCGGGGGGUGGGGUGGCUGGGGCCCAUCCUGGAGGAAGGAGGAAGCAGCACCUCUGGGUAACUGGUCCAGUCGCUCAGACACCAUGGAUGAUACUUUAUUUCAGCUACGGUUUACAUCAAAACAGCUUGAGAGAUUGGCCAAGAAGGCAGAAAAGGACUCCAAAGCUGAACAAGCUAAAGUGAAGAAGGCUCUUCAACAAAAAAAUAUUGAAGGAGCAAAGAUCUAUGCAGAAAAUGCAAUCAGAAAGAAAAAUGAAGGGCUGAACUGGUUACGGACAGCUUCCCGAGUAGAUGCGGUAGCAUCGAAGGUGCAGACGGCAGUCACGAUGAAAGGGGUUACAAAGAAUAUGGCACGUGUUACACAAGGAUUGGACAAGGCACUGAAAUCCAUGGACUUACAAAAGAUUUCUGCUGUGAUGGACAAAUUUGAACAACAAGUUCAGAACCUUGAUGUCCACACUUCAGUGAUGGAGGACUCCAUGAGCUCUGCAAUGACGCUGACCACUCCUCAAGAACAGGUUGAUAGUCUCAUUAUGCAGAUUGCAGAGGAGAAUGGUCUGGAGGUCAUGGACCAACUGAACCAACUCCCAGAUGGUGCAUCAUCCCUUGGUGAAUCCUCUGUUCGUGAACAGGACAAGGAGGACCAGCUUUCAAAAAGGUUGGCUGCUCUGAGGAAUUGAAGUUGGAGUUGGCAUGUAAUCCUGAAUGACUGACUGUAUAAUCCUGCAACAUCUUAUACAAUGUUCCAGUGGUACUUAAAUGUACAAUCUGUGUAACGGCCAAAAAAUAUUUACUUUCACUUAUUAGUUUGACUGUUUGCUUUCACUUUUAAUCCUUUAUAAAAGCUAGUCUGAAUUAAAGAGAAAAUGUAUAUUAAAGAGUGAGCUUUAUAGGAUAUGUAGAUAUUAAAAACCAUAAUUGCUAUCACUGAAUUUAAAAUAAAAUGAUUCUUUUCUGACAGACAAGUCCUGUAUGCUCAUUAAUAUGAUGUACAGAUGCAAAUUGACUUGCAAGCCUGCUUCAGACCUGUAGUGAAAGUACUAUACCAACCUGCACACUCGUAGUCUUGAUUCUGAGAGCCACAUGGCUUGGCUAUUGUAAGGACUACAUUAUCACAGGAUUAAUGGCCAUCUGAAGUUUUAUUAGAUGUUUUUUAAAAUGCUGGAUUUGUUUUUCGUAGAAUUGAUUUUGGAGAAUGUUGCAAAUGCCUUGAUUGGCGGGGGGCGGGGGGGAGAAAACAUGAAAUAUCUGAGGAUGAAAAAUUCUUCUGAAUUGUUACUUCUGAAAUGAACUUGUCCUGCAAAAUGUGUGCACUCUUUCUGUAGAUUUAUUUCCAGUGAGAUGUGUUGAUGUCUUCUGUGCAUGAGUAAUAGGCCUAAAAGAGCAGGAGAUGGAGUCUCUUUACCUUUUCUGCUGUAGAGAAUAGGGUGGUGACCUGCUCAAGCUAUGCGUGCUUUUGGUUGACCUCUUUUGGUUUAGAACUUCGACAAACAAUUGAUUGUCUCCUGUGAGUGGACCUGAAGCCUCUAAAAUCAUUUGUGGGGUAGAUUUAUUGUCACUGCUCUGCUGACCAAACAAGAACACUAACAGAUUUAAUAACUGCAGUUAUGUAAGCAGCUAAGAAUUUGAACAAAAUCUGGCCUUAUUUAAAACGUGCCUCUUGUGUAAUGCCUGUCCUGUUUUCUAAAACUGCUGAUAUAUUAACAAUAUUAAUUUGCAGAAAUAUUAGUUUUGUAACUACUCACUCACUGAUUACAAUUAACUACUUUCUAUAUUGUUUGUCAUCUCAAGCAGCUGGCGUAUGCCCACAUUGGGAAACAUUAUAAUAACCAGUAUAAUUUAUUUGCAUGAACCUUUCAAAUUGUAAUAUGAAUGUGUGCAGUUCAGAAUUGGAGAUAUUAGAUCAUUCAGAGUGGGGAAAAAAAUCAGAAAUGAAAUCCCCAUUGUGUCAAUCUGAGUGUUCAAUAUGACAAUAAACAUGGAAUUACAAGUUUUGUGAUGGUGCUUUUGGAGAUUGUCUUCAAAAGUUUAAACAUUUUGGAAAUGUUUAUUGACAUGUUGAAGGUACCUUUAAAAUUGUCAAUUCUAACACAUUAUCGGGUUACAAUACUUCACUCCUCCAAGUACAAUCUUGUCAGAAAUGCUGAACAAUUUGCUUUACUUAUGGUGUAGCUUUGAUUUUAAGGUAUAGCCUAUAAUCAAUUCAACAGGUAGCCCAGGCCUAAAUUCAAUCAGUUGUGUUUUAACUGCAAUCUUUAUAUUAUCAACAUUAUAAAAUUGAAACAUUGCCAAGUCCAUUUCAACACUAUUUUUGCCUGAUUCAUAAAAAUUAUUGAGACUAAAUCAAGGACUAAAAUUAUCACUUUUCCUAGAACUCAAUGGUUCAUUUACUAAUUUAUUUUUAAAUAUGAUCUUUACGCUAACACAGUGAACUCUACAUGCUAGCAGUUUGUUGCUGUUUAAUUCUCAACGAUUUAGGUUAAACAUUUAUGGGUAGAAUUCCUUUUCCAACAUAGACUGCAGUUUUGAAAAUGGUUUAAAAAUAUGGCUAAAAUAACCAGGAUACUAGCUCUGCUUAAUCACCAAACUUGUUAUCAGUUGUCUCAGAACAGUAACAUUAAAGUUCCUGGUCAAGUCCUAAUAGAUUCUCCUAUUGGCUUCCUUUAACAUAUAAAUAAUGCCUGUAAAUUAUUUUGUUACAACCCUGUUCCAGUGGUGCCUGAAUACUGGCGUAAACAAGAAUGUUAACAUAUUCACAGACCUUGAAGGUUGUUUAGAGCUGCCUCCUGAAAAGCAUGUUGAGUUAGAUUGCUUAACUAUGGAAAAUGCUAUAAAAAUACUCAAGUCCUGUAAUUCCUUAAAUAAAUGUGAAAGUGCUGAAAAUACUCAGCAGUUUAGGCAGCAUCAGUGGAGGAUCAGAGCUGACAAAGGCCAGCGAACUGAAAGGUUAACUUAAUUUCUCUUUACAGAUGCUGCCAAUAGUAUUUCCAGCAUUUUCUGUUUUUACUUUGGAUUUUCAGCACCUGCAGUAUUUUGCUUUUGUUUGGCUUAAUUCAUUCUUGUACUUUGAGUAUGUCAUAGUAAUAUGAAUUAGUUUGCUCUUUAGAUUCUUUAAAACACUUAAGUAGGUGCCUAUUUUUUCAUAUAUUCUUAUGAAAUAAAUGUAUUCUGUUGGUAUAUUGUUUAAUAUGUUUGUUUUGGUUGGGUUCUGAUUUUUUUUUUGAUGGGUAAUUUGAUUAUUUAUGUGUGGAUUAAUGUGGAAGUUAAUUUCAGAUUUAAUGUGUUUAUAUUUUGAAAUAAAGAACUUAAAUCCUA